AAAGAAUUAAAACAUGGGGAUCAUUCGUUCCGAGUCCCCCGCUCGUAUCCGCAGCAAGGGUACGAGAGGCGCGGGCGGAGGGCCUUGCUGUCGCUGCACCGCGGCUAGCCUGUUUUGAAGAAUCGCUAUUAAACCAAUAUCAUAUCUUAAUACAUUGUUUAGGAAGGGAGGUGGUGGCCUUAAAGAGACAGAACCGAUUUGAAUACUUCAUAUUAAUGGUGUGAGAGGACGUCUGUGUCCAAACGCUUAGUGUCGGAUAAGCUAACGUCUGUGAUGAAAAGCUACACUAGAGGAGGGGAUAGCGAGGAUGCUGCCGCUCUCCCACACAGGCUAGGUGUAAAGAAAACCAGCUAGCGACGAUAACUAACGCCUGUGGUGUGGUUUACUCUAACCAGUAAGCUGUCAGUGUGUGCGUAAACCAGCACCUUGACCCUUUACUGUCAUUGAUCGGAGGCAAUGCUACCGUGCUGACACAGCGAGGCUGCUAACGGUCGUUAGCUGGCGAGUUCACAGCCCGGUGCACCAUCCAAGGUUAGCUAGCAAACCCCCGGCUAAUGCUAGCACGGAUUUGCUAGCUGGCUAAUCACAACAUAAGGGUGCCUUAGCGAAUGAAGCUAAAUAUCGUCCAGGGGUUUUCAUUGUUGACUGAUCAUUAAUCUUGGAAUCAAGAAAAAAUGACAUCCCUUCCUGAGAAGUAAAAGUUGCUGCCCUGCUGGGCAGAGGUGCGUGUGCUGCAUGGCGUCAGGGCAGGGUGGCCGGCCGGAGGUUGGGGCAUCAGGGAGCUCUGCCCUGGCCAAACCUCUCUACCUGCAGCGCUUAGAAAGGACCCUGAGGUUGGACACGUUCCUGCGCCAGACUGCCGCCAUCUUCAACAGAGACAUUACCAGUGAUGACAGUGAUGACAGCGAUGGUGCAUUGGGGAGAGGGCUAUCCCUGGAUCCCUCCGGUCAGCAUACAGCUUUGACUGUGAAGACUGAGCCAUGUGAGCAAGGGGAGGGGUUGGCAGAGGGGAAGCCCCUCAACGGAGUUCUGCUGCAAGGUAAAGACCAAAAGGCAGAUAAAACUAGCUUCUACAAUUUCUCCAAGCUGAAGAAGAACAGAAAAUGGCUGAAGAGUAUCCUGUUGAGUGACGACACCACAGAUUCGGACACAGACUCCGACGACUCCGACUUCAGUUUGUCUCGGGAGGAGCUGCACGACAUGCUGAGGCUGCAUCGCUUCACCAGGCAGCAUCAGAGCAAGUUCCACUCUGACCGAGAGCUUCACCAGUAUCAGUAUUACAGCACUGGACUCCUCUCUACUCAUGACCCCUUCUAUGAGCAGCAGCGCCACCUCCUGGGCCCAAAGAAGAAGAAGAUUAAAGAUGAGAAGAAAUUCAAAGCCAAACUAAAAAAGGUGAAGAAAAAGAAGAAACGGGGAGAGGGAGACUUUUUGGACGAGGGGCGUCCUUAUGUCACCAAGAUCUUCGCAAAGUUUUCCCAUGAUGCUCCGCUACCCGUAGUGAAGAAGAAACAUCUCACCAUCGAGCAGCUGAACGCACGUCGACGAAAAGUCUGGCUGACCAUCGCUAAGAAGGAGAUCCCCAAGUCUUUCAAGCAGAAGACGUCUGCUAAGAACUUAGUACUGACCAAUGCUAAAAAGUUGGCUCAUCAGUGCAUGAGAGAAGUUCGGCGUGCAGCUAUCCAAGCCCAAAAGAAUUGUAAGGAGACGUUACCGAGGGCUCGCCGCCUCACCAAGGAGAUGAUGCUCUACUGGAAGAAGUAUGACAAAGUGGAGAAGGAGCACAGGAAGAGGGCGGAGAAGGAGGCGCUGGAGCAACGGAAGCUGGAUGAGGAGAUGAGAGAAGCCAAGCGUCAGCAGCGCAAAUUGAAUUUCCUCAUCACCCAGACGGAGCUGUAUGCUCAUUUCAUGAGCGGUAAAGCCAGCAUCGGGGGUCCAGAGGGAGAUACAGCCCAGGAGGAAAUUCUGAGAAAGCUGGAAGACACCGCGGCGCAGAGACAGAUUGACAUCGGAGGAGGCGUAAUGGUCAACAUGGGACAGGAGGACUACGAUAGUGAACACUACAAGUCCCAGGCCUUGAGGAAUGCCAAAGAAGCCUACCAGAUUCAUCAAGAGAGAACUCGAAUGUUUGAUGAGGAGGCUAAGGACAGCCGCUGCGCUUCGCUACACGCGGCGUGCAGCUCAUCCUCGGGCGCCGGCUCAGGCUUCGGAGAGAGCUACAGCCUCUCCAACCCGUCCAUCAACGCAGGUGAAGACAUUCCUCAGCCCACCAUCUUCAACGGCAAACUCAAAGGCUACCAGCUGAAGGGCAUGAACUGGCUGGCCAACCUCUAUGAGCAGGGAAUCAAUGGAAUCCUGGCAGACGAGAUGGGGCUGGGGAAGACGGUCCAGAGUAUCGCCCUGCUGGCACACUUAGCAGAGAGAGACAACAUCUGGGGCCCGUUCCUGAUCAUCUCCCCUGCAUCCACGCUCAACAACUGGCACCAGGAGUUCACGCGCUUUGUGCCCAAAUUCAAGGUGUUGCCAUACUGGGGGAAUCCUCAUGAUCGUAAGGUGAUUCGGAAGUUUUGGAGCCAGAAAACCCUUUACACACAAAACGCACCUUUCCACGUGGUGAUCACAAGCUACCAGCUGGUGGUCCAGGACGUCAAGUACUUCCAGAGAGUCAAGUGGCAGUACAUGGUUCUGGAUGAGGCGCAGGCGCUGAAGAGCAGCACCAGCGUUCGGUGGAAAAUCCUUCUGCAGUUCCAGUGUCGAAACAGACUGCUGCUCACUGGGACGCCCAUCCAGAACACAAUGGCUGAGCUGUGGGCCCUGCUGCACUUCAUCAUGCCCACGCUGUUCGAUUCCCACGACGAGUUUAACGAGUGGUUCUCCAAGGACAUCGAGAGCCACGCCGAAAACAAGUCGGCCAUCGACGAGAACCAACUGUCCAGGCUGCACAUGAUCCUCAAGCCUUUCAUGCUGCGCAGAAUCAAGAAGGAUGUGGAAAACGAGCUCUCAGACAAGAUUGAGAUCCUGACCUACUGCCAGCUGACGUCGCGACAGAGGUUGCUCUACCAGGCUCUGAGGAACAAGAUCUCCAUCGAGGAUCUGCUGCAGUCCUCCAUGGGCUCGGCCCAGCAGUCCCACACCACCACCUCCUCCCUCAUGAACCUGGUGAUGCAGUUCAGGAAGGUGUGUAACCACCCUGACUUGUUUGAGCGCCAGGAGACACGCUCUCCUUUCCACAUGUCCCUCAAGCCCUACAUCAUGUCCAAGUUCCUCUACCGUCAUGGCCUCCUCCACGGACACAACCAGGCCAAAAACAAAUUACUUCAAGUGCUGUUGUCUCCCUUCUCUCCAAACCACAUCCAGCAGUCGCUCUUUCACAGAAAAGGUGACGACAAAGGAAGCUGUUUCUCCUUCCUGCGCUUCAUCGACACGUCCCCAGCUGAGAUGUCCAAUCUCAUGCUGCAAGGCACCUUAGCGAGAUGGUUAGCUCUUUUUCUGUCCCUCAAAGCCGCGUAUCGGCUCCACCAUCGGCGCCUGUUCGGCCUUGAAGAAGAGAGUCGGGAGGAAACCAGAGACUUGCAGGGGGACGGAGAAAGUUCACAGCCCAGGAAGAAGUGUCUGUCUCACAAGGACCUGAUUCUGUGGCUGAACAGGCCGACUAGUUUCCCGAAUAUGCACAACAGCCCUGUCCUGCAGGAUCUGGUGUUCACAGCCCUCAGGCCGGGCACGAUGGGACUCACAGACGUGAUGAUCCACAGCCGGAACUCUGCCACCUCCUCGCUGCGGCCCUGCCAGUCCGUACCGCCACCCAAGUUCCUGCUAGCCGCCACGCCCAGGGUGACUGCAGUUCCCAUGGAGCGUUAUUGUGACGACCGCAGCGCAGAGUACGAGUGGCGGGUGACACGCGGCGGAGGGGGCACAGUCUUCAAACAGUGUUUUCUCUACGGCUCCCCUGAACUCGCUUCAGACUGGCGCACGAGGUCCAAUACAUUCCACCCACAAUGCCCUGGGGGCGUGAUGGCGCUUUACCCGCGGCAUGGAUGGUCAUUCAUUCGGAUACCUGAUAAGGAGAGCCUGAUCAUGGAAAGUGGCAAACUCCACACAUUGGAUGUCCUGUUGAGUCGGUUAAAGUCCCAGGGACACAGAGUCCUCAUCUACUCCCAGAUGACCCGCAUGAUAGACCUGCUGGAGGAGUACAUGGUUUACCGUAAACACACCUACAUGCGCCUCGACGGAUCCUCCAAGAUAUCGGAGCGCAGAGACAUGGUGGCCGACUUCCAGAGCCGGACGGAUAUCUUCGUCUUUCUGCUGAGUACGAGGGCUGGAGGGCUCGGCAUUAACCUGACGGCUGCUGACACUGUCAUCUUUUAUGACAGCGACUGGAACCCCACAGUGGACCAACAGGCCAUGGACAGAGCUCACAGGUUGGGUCAGACCAAGCAGGUCACCGUCUAUCGCCUCAUCUGUCAGGGUACCAUCGAGGAGAGGAUCCUGCAGCGGGCCAAGGAGAAGAGCGAGAUCCAAAGGGUUGUGAUCUCUGGAGGCAACUUCAAACCAGACACGCUCAAACCCAAAGAGGUGGUCAGCCUGCUGCUGGAUGACGAUGAGCUGGAGAAGAAAUUGCGUCAGAGGCAGGAGGAGAAGAGGCAGCAGGAGGAGUGCAGCAAGGUGAAAGAACGCAAGAGAAAGAGGGAGAAGUAUGCAGAGAAGAAGCAAAACCAGGAGUCGGAGAACAAGAGGAAAAAGGAGGUCAACCUGGUCAUCUCUCACGCACCCUCAGCCGACAACUCCAACCUCUCUGCAGACGACUCCUUCAUCAGCGUUGAGAUGGACUCGGCCAUGCCCAGUCCCUUUAGUGAGAUCUCCCUGAGCAGCGAGCUCCAGCCCGGCUCGUUACCUCCGGAUGCCGACGCAGACGAGAGCAGCAGCGACAUGCUGGUCAUCGUGGACGAUCCGGUGUCCUCCGCGCCGCAGUCUCGCGCCACCAACUCGCCCUCCUCUGUGACCGGAUCAGUGUCCGACAACAUGAAUGGUGUUUCAGCCUCGGACACCAUCAGUCCAGGCAGAGGCCGGUCAGGGCGGAGUCGGGGGCGGCCCAAAGGGUCAGGAGGCGGGACAAAGUCCGGAGGGAAAGGACGCGGGCGCAAGUCGACCGCGGGCAGCGCGGCGGCUAUGGCGGGAGCGAUGGCUGGUGCUGCAGCGGCAUCAGCAGCAGCGUAUGCUGCUUAUGGUUACAGUGUUUCUAAAGGGGAAGGCUCAAGUCAUUUUAUUGUGAAAAAUCUCGAGGAAGUGUUGAGAUUCAUCCGUAGUAACCUGAGUCAUGACUUACCCGUGAAACAAUACAUAAAGUAUCAACACAACAGGCCUUGCUGCGUCCAGCCCCCUGCAGCCUUCCCUGGGCCGGUCUGGUACCAGCCCCGCCUUCAACCCCAGCAGGAGCUCCUCCCCCCAGGCCAAAGGAGGAGCGUCCACCCCGAGCCCCCACAAACAGCUGGCCCAAGGCCACCACCACCACCACCACCACAGCGGCCACGGCGCCGUCAGGAAAGGCAAAGGCCCCGGUGGUCCCGGGGCUCGAUGAUGCACUCGUACACCCAUGAAUGUGCCCACACACACAUGCACGCACAACUGUCUCCAUAUAGAACACACACCCAUGCAGAAAAACUGACCUACUCUCACUGUGAUCCCCAUGGAUGCCCCUACGCCUGGCUCAGCAACUAAUAGGACCCCCUUCACUCACACACACACACACAGUCAUUUGAAGGUACAGACCCACCCACCCCCCCCACCAGCGUCCACAUUACUUGUUCCACAUUUUAGUUUUACGUGUCCUGGUCGGUGCGCAAAAAUCUGCCUUGAUUAUGUUCUGUUUGCAUUGUGACGAGAGUAUUUUCCAAGUGCUUUCUCCGAGAAGACAAACUGUACUUUUCUACCCGUGACAGGAAACUUUUUUGAUUCACUACCUAGUUGUGACAUCGCAACACAGGUGUGAACCGACGCGUGCGGAUUAAAAGGGCUUCGAAAUCCUCGUGAUCGCCAGUCGUAGGGGAGGCGAAGGAGUUUUCUGUCGGAUGCACUGAGCCACGUCUUCCUUUUUUCUUUUUUUUUGUCGAUGUUAUUGACUCUCAUACGUGUACAUUAGGGUUAUUUAAUUGUUCUGUAGAUAUGUUUCGAUGGAUGAUUCUGCAUUUCGGAGCUCAAUGUGAAACCCACACCUUACCGACGAGAAACAGGUUACCAAACAAAAAACGUUGACAGCUUUUCUACUAAAGCUCUUAUUUUUGUAACGACGAUGUGAGCGCCCGCGCCGACGCGGCAGGUCUCGGCAUUUUGAAGAUUUCCUGUCCGUAAAAAUAUAUUCCCGUACAGAAGGAAAAAUGAGAAAUUGAUUAUAUAUUUUUUGUCCAAUGAGAAAUUGAAUGAAUGGAUGUUACAAGAAAAAAAAAAAAGAUAUUCCAAAAUGAGGGGUACCGGUUGAUACGGCAAUGCUGCUAACAGUAAAUUUAUGGAUUUCUUUUAUUUUCUAAUUAUUUGGUUGUCUAAUAUUUAAGUUAUUUGAGUUGUGUUAUUAGAAAUGGGGCAAUUCACUAUAAUUGCCAAUGGGAUGUUUCACCUGUAGAACAAUGUAAAUUGUACUGAAGCCAUUUUUACUUUUCACAAGUUUUUUUUUUUUUUGUGAUGAGGAGUCUGUGGUUCUCUUUGAUAUCAUUGAUGUUUUAGGAGGGAAAAAGAAAAAAAAAAAGGUCUGCAUCAGUGUCCUGAGUUGAGCACUACAUCUGUUCUAGAUUUUUUUGUUUGUUUUGUGUCUAUAGUGUGAUUUAAAACAAAAAAAAUACAUUGUUCUAUAUUGAUUGUACAUAAUGAUGAAAGCGACAUUUCCUCUGGCUUUUCCCUCAUUUGCCUGUCUAUUUUUAUAGGUCAUGUGUACAUAUGAAGAAAUGCGUCGGCCGUUUUACUAACAGGAGGAGCCAACUGAAAAUAAAGGAGUGCUAAAUCUGAA